UUUCUCUUCUAACUAACUCAGGCACGGCGAGUUUUUAGGGUUAGUUCUCGAGAAUGUGAGCAAAUCUUUGAGACGGAGGCAGGUCUGGGGAAUAGCAGAUAAUGGGAACGCAGAAGCAUCCAAUUAUAUCACAUCUUGGUUCUAGUUUUGCGUCCCGUAAGGCCAGCAAUGGCGAAGAAGCGCAAGAACAAAUCCGGCUCCACAGGUCCUUCAGUCAGCAAGAAACAACCGGCAGCCUGUGUCCUCCCAAACCUCUAUCUUGGCCCCGUUUCCGCGGCCUCAAACGUAUCAUUCCUCACAAAUAACGGAAUUACCCACGUCCUUUCGAUUGGCAAAUCGCCCUCGGCAGUCAAUCACCUUGAAAGCAUCAAUUACCAGCGUCUUGGUCUAAUCGACGAAGAAGACUGUGAUAUCCGCCCAGUCGUUGAGAGAGCUUGUCAAUUCAUCGAUUCGAUGUCGUCUUCGAAUGAGAAGGUCUUGGUUCACUGUUCUGCGGCGAUCUCGCGCUCUCCGACAAUUGUGGCGGCGUACCUGAUGAAGAGCUGUGGGAUGACGCUAAUGGAGAGUCUGAAAAUACUGGUUAACGCUAGGGAUGCGAUAGCUCCAAACCCGGGGUUUUUGAGGCAGUUAGUGGAGAUGGAGAGGGAGAUAUUCGAUGAUACAACAUUCGACGCAACAGCUUUCGAUGGGAGGAACAAGUUGGCGAACAUGUUCACUGGCCCUUGAUAUGAUGAAGCCGGAUUCUAUCCGGACCGUUAAUUCCUACAACUAGCCAAGGCGAAUCAUCGUCUUCCUAUCCAAUUUGUUUCUACCAUGCGGAGGAACUCAGUAGUGUGAUAAUGAAGAGAUAAAAG